AGUUAUAUGAAGCAGUGGAACCACUGGACUUUGAAGAAUUCCUGAUGACUCAGUUGAGCAGUGCAGAUUCAGAGUUUAUGCAAGAACUUGGAGACUUCCCUGAAGAUGACUUGCCAAUUGAGCUUGUUUCAAGAGAAUGCAGAACAGUGCGACCAUCUGUACCAGAAGAAGGAGAGGAGCUUGAUGCUCAUGUUAGAGACUGUGUGCGGUCAUACACUGAACCCUGGCUAGUUGUAAGCCGAAGGUAUCAGGGUGAUGUAGGCAGCAUAUAUUCAGAGCGACAAAACCUUCACAGAACUCUGCAGAAGCAGAUUUUUGAAUCUGAUGAGUUGCCCGAUUCCAGCAAUCUCCCAAACAAAUCAAGAAAAAUUUCUGUGUGUUCUGAUGACUUGGGACGAGCAACCCUCACAUCUUUGGAUUUUGAUCUGCGUGGCCUGCAACCAGACAGCCGUAUUGAAAACCUAUUGCAGUUCAGCAGUCUAGAAGAGCUUGAACGGCAAAAUGACUUGGCCCGGAGGAGUAACCGCCACCAGGAGCUAUUUGCACUUUGCCCCCCUGCUGACGAAGAGGAUGCUGUGGAAAUACGGCCAAUUCCAGACUGUCCAAAAGAACACACAGGCUUCAGAAUUCAUAUCAAAUGUCAAGUUGUAAAGUUUGACAUUGAAAUAGAGCCAUUGUUUAUAACCCUGGCCUUGUAUGACUUAAAAGAAAAGAAGAAGAUUUCUGAAAAUUUUUACUGUGACCUGAACUCUGAUCAGUUUAAAGGAUUCCUUCGCUCUCAUGUACCAUCUAUUGCCCCUUCCAGCCUUGCUAAAUCUGCUAUUUUUUCCAUUACAUACCCAUCUCCUGAUAUUUAUCUUGUCAUCAAGAUUGAAAAAGUUCUUCAGCAAGGAGAGAUUAGUGAUUGUGUAGAACCCUACAUGACACUGAGUGAGGUAGCCAAGAACAAAGACAAGCUUGAAAAAUUAAAACAUCAAGCUGAAAUAUUUUGUCAGAGACUUGGAACAUAUCGAAUGCCAGUAGCUUGGUCUAGUGUUAAUAUUAUGAAUGUAAUAACAACUGCCACUAUUGACAGAGACAUUGCUGACAUAGAUGGCAUAAAUGGUAAAAUCACUGGGGAUAAAAAAACCUUAGGACCAAGUAGAAAGAAUUCUGAAAAAGUGAAUCCUUUUGAUGACCAGUAUAAUUUAACAGGGUUCAAACCAGCAACUCUUACCAUUAACAGUUUCUGUAAACAGGAGGGAGACAGAUUAAGUGAUGAAGAUUUAUUCAAAAAUUUAGCAGAUUUAAGGACUUCAUUACAGAGAAGAGUGAAAGUCAUUCCAGGAACUAUCAAGUUGGAUAUUGUAGCAGUUCCAGAAACCGUCCCUGGAUGUCUAAAUCCUGAACUGAUUCCUGUGAAGCCAGUGCCAGAGAAAUUUGUUCGACCCAUCAAGGAGAUCCUAGAGUUUCCUUCCCGAGAAGUCUAUGUUCCAUAUACAACAUAUAGAAACCUGCUCUAUGUAUACCCACAGAGGAUAACUUUCCCAAAUCGUCUGGCGUCCUUGAGAAAUAUCACCAUCAAAAUACAAUUCAUGAAUGGAGAGGAUGAGAGCAACGCACUUCCAUUAUUUUUGGCAAGUCGAGUGGGUCCAGAGUUUGUUCAAGAAGUGUGUACCCCUGGUUACAUAUCACAAUAUGAAGAAAUAAAGAUUCAGCUUCCAGCAAAGCUUACUGAGAAACAUCAUAUCCUUUUUACCUUUUAUCACAUUAGUUGUCAACUCAAACAAAACCAAGGAUCAAAUGUGGAAACCUUAAUUGGGAUACACACACUUAAGAGCGGCUUACUGAGAUACAUGCGUCUUUUGAACAGGGCAGGAUGUGAACAUGUGUUCGUUGGCUACAUGUUUGGUUUCCAGUUUUUCUUAAUGAAACGUCUGCAAACUGGACAAUACUGCUUACCAGUUGCCUUGGACAGACUGCCUAGCAGCUACUAUAUUCAUUCACCAGAGAAAGUCCCUCCUCAGGUCCCUCCAAUAAAAUGGUUAGAAGGUCAUAAAGGUGUCUUCAAUUUAGAAAUUCAGACUGUAUCGUCUUUACAUACCCAGGAUAACCACUUAGAAAGGUUCUUCACUCUUUGCCAUGCUUUGGAAGGUCGUGUUACCUUCCCUAUCCGAGUAAUGGAGGACAAAAUUCCAGAAAGCAAACUGGAGCAUGAGCUUAAGCUUAGUAUCAUUUCACUGUCAUCCUCGAGACUGGAGCCUCUGGUCCAUUUUCUGCAUCAAGUGUUAGAUAAACUCUUUCAUCUUAUUGUGCAGCCGAUGGUAAUAGCAGGGCCCACAGCCAAUUUUGCUCAGAUCGCCUUUGAGUCUGUUGUUUCAAUAGUCAAUAGUCUACACAACAGUCAAGACCUUUCUAAGGAUCAGCAUGGGAGGAACUGUUUAUUAGCAUCAUAUGUCUACUAUGUGUUUCAGCUGCCUGAUACACAGAAAGAAGUUUUGAGUACAGGCGCUGGAACUGUUCCACCAGAAAUGAGGUAUCACACUGUUGGCCGCUCCAGUGCUUGUUCUGUUGGAACCCGGCUUUUUCAGUCUCGUGUCCUGAGUAGCAGUAACCCCGACGUCUCUGCUGUCCCAGCAACAGCCGAUGAAGAAGUUAAGAACAUCAUGUCAUUGAAGGGCACGAAUAUUGCAAACAACAGAAUGUCUUCUUAUAUAGAAGUUUCAAACUACUUUCACACUCAUGGUGGAAGUUCAAGAUCUACAAACAAAAAGCAAUUUCAUGAGGAGUUAGCGCUACAGAUGGUUGUCAGCACUGGAGUAUGCAGAGAAAAUGUGUACAAAUAUGCCUGGUUCUUUUUUGAACUCUUGAUUAAAAGCAUGGCCCAGUAUGUCCACCAGAUGGAAAAACCAGAUGUGCCUCGUAAAAACCGCUUUUCUGAUAGAUUUAAAGAUGAUAUCUCCACUAUUGUGAAUGUAGUAACAUUAGAGAUGGGAACAAUCUUAACAAAACAGCAAAAGGAAAUUGAGCAAGCUGAAAAGAUCAACAUCAGCCUGGCUUUUUUUUUGUAUGACCUGCUGUCUCUCAUGGACCGGGGUUUUAUCUUCCACCUAGUCAGAAACUACUACAACCAGCUCCCAUCCAAGUUAACGUCUUUACCCACCUUGAUUUCUAUGAGACUGGAGUUCUUGAGGAUACUAUGCAGUCAUGAACAUUAUUUGAAUCUCAGUUUGUUUUUUGUGACUCCCAAUUCUGCCCCUGCUUCACCAUGCCCAUCUAUAUCAUCGCAGAACUCAAGCUCAUGUUCUAGCUUUCAAGAUCAGAAAAUUGCCGGAAUGUUUGACCUCUCACAAGAAUACAAGCAGCAGCAUUUCUUGACGGGACUACUUUUCACAGAACUCAAUGCAGCACUGGAGUCAGUGGAAGCAGAGGGAAUUGCCAAAGUUCAGAAGAAGGCUAUAAAUGCCGCUCACAGCUUACUUUGUUCCCAUGACCUUGACCCACGAUGCAAUCGACCAGAGGUUCGCUCUAGAAUAGCAGCCCUCUAUCUUCCUCUGGUUGGGAUUAUUCUGGAUAAUCUGAACUACUUAGAUUUCACAGUUGCAGACACCCGGGGUGGCAAAGGGAAGUCAGGCAGUCCAGAAGAGGAACCCGAAGCUAUAACUCCUAUCAAUCAGUCUGUUGCUAUGGCAAUUGCUGGGAAUCCAUUUAAUCCACUUUCAAAGGUGGCUGUUACUUCAGCACAGUCUGGAAAGUCCAGUGGCUUGCUGUCAGUUGAAACAAGCCAAAAUCUAUUGAUUUGCUUUUUGUGGAUAAUGAAGAAUGCUGACCAAAACUUGAUUCAGAAGUGGACUGCAGACCUGCCGUCUUCUCACUUAAACAAGCUUUUGGAACUGCUUUAUAUCUGUGUCUCAUGCUUUGAAUAUAAGGGGAAGCAAAGCUCUGAUAAAGUGAGUACUCUGGCUCUACAGAAAUCGCAGCAAGCAAAAGCACGGCUGGAGGAGGCUCUGCUUGGGGGAAUGGGCGCCAGAGGAGAGAUGAUGAAACGUAGCCGAGCUUUAACAGGGAAUGAGAGGUUUCAGGGAAUGAAUGAAAACCUUAGAUGGCGGAAAGAUCUAACACAAUGGAGGCAAACCAAUGAUCGGCAAGAUAAAACAAAGGCAGAACUUGAUCAAGAAGCAGUUAUAAGUGGAAAUCUGGCAACUGAAGCAUAUAUGAUUGUUCUGGAUUUGCUAGAAAUCAUUAUUCAGAGUAUGUCAGCCUCAGACAGCAAAGACAGUGUUUUAGGAGGAAUUAUGAGAGUCCUGCUUCAUGCGCUCAGCUGCAACCCAAGUAAUGUGUUUCUAGCACACUGUUUUAGCACAUUCAGAGCUCUGAUCAUCAAGUUUGGAGACUUGCUGCUAGAAGAGGAAGCUGAGCAGUGUGCUGACCUCAGCCAGAAGGUUCUUCAGUAUUGCAGCAGCUGCAUCGACAGCAAUCGAAGUCAAGCUUGUGCUACCUUGUAUCUCAUCAUGAGAUGUAGCCAGUCCUCAGCCAGUAAUUUUGCAAGGGUAAAAAUGCAGAUUACAAUGUCUCUCGCAUCACUUGUGGGCAAAUCAUCAGAUUUCCAUGAAGAGUACCUUAGGAAGUCUUUACGAACCAUAAUUGCCUAUGCAGAAGCAGAUGUGGAGAUGCAGUCAACACAGUUCCCUUCUCAGGUUGAUGACAUGCUAAACAACCUGAACAGUAUCUUGUCUGACACAGUGAAAAUGAGGGAAUUCCAGGAAGAUCCAGAGAUGCUAAUGGACCUCAUGUACAGAAUUGCCAAAGGGUAUCAGACAUCUCCAGAUCUUCGCCUCACCUGGCUGCAGAAUAUGGCAGAGAAACAUACAAAAAGGAAGUGCUAUACGGAGGCAGCCAUGUGUUUGGUUCAUGCAAGUGCACUUGUUGCUGAAUAUCUAAGCAUGCUGGAGGAUCACAACUAUCUGCCUGUGGGUAGUGUCAGCUUUCAGAAUGUCUCCUCUAAUGUGUUGGAAGAAUCAGCAGUUUCAGAUGACAUUCUGUCCCCUGAUGAAGACGGCAUUUGUAGUGGGAGGUACUUCACUGAAAAUGGCCUGGUGGGGCUGCUUGAGCAAGCAGCUGAACUGUUCAGCACUGCUGGACUCUAUGAGACUGUAAAUGAAGUGUACAAAAUUGUCAUCCCUAUAUUGGAAGCUCACAGAGAUUUCCGUAAGCUGUGUGUCACUCAUGAUAAACUACAUAAAGCCUUUGACAGUAUCAUAAAAAAGGGUCACAAGAGAAUGUUUGGUACCUACUUUCGUGUUGGAUUCUAUGGAUCUAAGUUUGGAGGUCUAGAUGAACAAGAAUUUAUUUAUAAGGAGCCUGCUUUUACAAAACUGCCAGAAAUAUCACAUAGAUUAGAGGGAUUUUAUGGCCAGUGUUUUGGGCAAGAGGCAGUAGAGGUGAUAAAAGAUUCUACACCUGUUGACAAGUCCAAGCUGGAUCCUAAUAAGGCAUAUAUACAGAUCACAUUCGUGGAGCCAUUUUUUGAUGAGUAUGAAAUGAAAGAUCGAUUGACUUAUUUUGAGAAGAACUUCAAUUUGCGAAGGUUUAUGUACACCACUCCAUUUACAAAAAGUGGCCGUCCUCGAGGAGAACUCAGUGAACAGUACAAGCGAAAGACCAUCCUAACAACCAUGCAUGCAUUCCCCUACAUCAAGACAAGAAUUAAUGUGAUUCAGAAGGAAGAGUUUGACCUUACCCCAAUUGAAGUUGCUAUUGAAGACAUGCAGAAGAAAACUUUGGAACUGGCAGUGGCCACACAUCAAGACCCAAUUGAUGCUAAGAUGCUGCAAAUGGUUCUGCAAGGAUCUGUAGGAGCAACUGUUAAUCAGGGACCUCUUGAGGUAGCUCAGGUGUUUUUGAAUGCAAUUCCAGAAGAUCCAAAACUUUUUAGACAUCAUAACAAACUCCGGCUGUGCUUUAAAGAAUUUAUUAUGAGAUGUGGAGAAGCUGUAGAGAAAAAUAAGCACUUGAUCACGGCUGAUCAGAAAGAAUAUCAACAAGAGCUGAAGAAAAAUUAUGGAAAAUUAAAAGAGAAUCUAAGGCCAAUGAUUGAGAGAAAGAUUCCCGAUCUAUACAAACCUAUAGUGAAACCUCGUCUUGAAACAAGGGACUCCUUUAAAAGGCAAAGUUUCAGAAGACCUGCAGAUGAAAAUUCAUGAGACCCCCAAAUGGACCCCAAGAGUUUACUGGAACGGGGGAGUUGUUUGAAGCAGUAUUGUUGGAGACCUGUGAUCUGUUCUUUACCUGCUGAAGAUGGCACCCUUGACACCAGAGGCAAUUCUACUGAAAGUUAAAUUGAUUAAGGGUCUUCUUCCAUAAAACGUGUAACUGCAUAGAAGCCUAAGAGAGACAUUUGAGCUCUUUGUAAAUGAAAUGUGUGAUAGUGGCAUUGUGAUCAUAGAAAUGUACCAGUACUUGCUUUCACAUUUCAGUCAACUGAAGAUUGUUGUUUGAUACCUACUGUUAGUUUUCUUGCUGUAUUUGAGCCAACUACAUCUCAAGUCAGUGUCAGAGAUGUGCUUGUAAUUAGUUUUGUUGUAAAGUAUGAUAAUGUAAUGACUGAAAUAUUGAAUAAUUUGAACCCAUGCAGCAAUCUGCCUUCAGUUAUCAGAGGUACAGUACUUUAGAGUUUACAUGAACUCGCAUUCUCAGAUAUUUUCCCUAAUUUAAUUUGAUUUUGCAGUACAUUAAUUAUUUAAGUAUUACAUUAAUUACAUUUUUUAAUGUUUGAAUCCUUUAAGGAAUAUGUUGAAAUGUGAUUAUUACAAGUAAAUAUCAAUAACUUCCAAUGACCCACUCCAGUUUCACUUUAAAACAGACAAUGUUGUGCAUUUCCUUCCUAAAUAAACCAAGAUUAGCCCAACUGUAAUUCAGGACUUUGGUUUAAGUGAAUUCUUAGGUGUGCCUUAAAUGUACAACUCAUUUUUAUUUUAACAAAACUGAUCUUUAAAUACAUUUCUAUAGUCUGUUACAACAGUAAGUACUGCUUAAAUAUAACUUAAGACUGUACAUUUCAUUUCAAAAUGUUAAUAAAAAGAAAAAAGAAGUUGCCUACACAAUGCACAUUAUUAAGAAAAUAUAUGUAUAAAUGUUGGAUUAUUUUUGUUCAUGUUGGCAAAGUCAUAGUUUUAAUAAAAUAUUGUACACAAAUGCCA